AUGUUGAGACAGGGACAAACUCUUUAUCGUCGUCAUUAUGGUCUUCCCGCUUCUGCUAUUGCUCUUGGCUCUGAUCCUAGAAGAGACAAGACAGUUCAGUUGACUCCUUUAAGAGGUGUCAACAUCAUUCAUGAUCCCUUACUUUCAAAAGGUACUGCAUUCAGUCUUGCAGAAAGAGAACGCCUCUCGAUCCGUGGUUUAGUGCCACCUCGUUGUCAAGAAAUGGACAAGCAACUGCUUCGUAUCAAGCGUAACUUGGAUGCUUUAGACACACCUCUCUCCAAAUUUGUGUUUUUGACUGCCCUUCAAGAUCGUAACGAGACAUUGUUCUAUAAGCUCUUAAUUACUUAUUUGGAUGAAUUGGCUAGCAUCAUCUAUACACCUACAGUGGGUGAAGCAUGUUUAUUGUCACAUUCCAUCUACCGUCGCUCUCGUGGUAUGUACUUUUCCUCUCAAGACAGAGGUACCAUGUCAGCCAUGGUUCAUAACUGGCCUCAUGAUGAAGUGGAUGUCAUUGUUGUUACUGAUGGUUCUCGUGUACUGGGUUUGGGUGAUUUGGGUGCUAACGGUAUGCAAAUUCCUAUUGGUAAACUCAGUUUGUAUGUUGCUGCUGGUGGUAUUCGUCCUCGUUCUGUUUUGCCUGUUGUCUUGGAUGUUGGUACAAAUAAUGAAAACUUAUUGAAUGAUCCCCUUUACCUCGGUAUGGGUCACCCAAGAUUAGACGGUGAAGAAUACUAUUCUUUUGUGGAUGAGUGGGUUACUGCUGUUCAAAGCAGAUGGCCAAAUGCUCUUAUUCAAUUUGAAGAUUUUAAAUAUCCUCAUGCUUACAAUUUAUUAAAUAAAUACAAGGACAAGAUUACUUGUUUCAACGAUGAUAUCCAGUCUACUUCUGCCAUCACACUUGCUGGUAUUCUUGCUUCCCUUAAGGCUCGUAAUCUUCCUCAAGAAGCACUUGCUCAAGAACGCAUUGUCUGCGUUGGGGCUGGUUCUGCUGGUGUCGGAGUUUGUGAAGGUAUUAUUGAUGCCAUGGUAGCUCAGGGCAAGGUCAAGUCUCGCGAAGAAGCUUAUUCCCGUAUCUACAUGCUGGACCAACAUGGUCUUCUCGGUAACCCUGCCAAGACAAGCAACGAUAUUCAAGCUAUUGUGGGUGGUCAAGAAAGAAUCACUAAACUAGACGAACGCCAACAAUGCUAUGUCAAGGCUGAUUUACCUGACCGUCUCAGUUUAGAACAAGUGAUUGAACGCGUGAAACCUACUGUCAUCUUGGGCUUGACAGGUGUCCCCGGUGUCUUUUCAGAAAAGGCUAUUCGUACCAUGGCCAAAUAUCAAGAAAAGCCCAUUGUCUUCCCCUUGAGUAAUCCCGAUACACGUGCUGAAUGUACAGCUGAACAAGCUUUCAAAUGGACCGAUGGUCGUGCUAUCUUUGCUUCAGGCAGUCCCUUUACAGAUGUUCAGUUGCCCAAUGGCCGUCUUGGCCGCACAAACCAAUGUAACAACUCUUACAGUUUCCCUGGUCUUGGUCUUGGUAUCACUGUCUCAAGAGCAAGCCGUGUCACACCUAACAUGUUCUUGGAAACCGCAAAGACUAUUGCUGAUAUGGCCAGUCCUCAACAGUUGAAGGAAGGUAUUCUCUUCCCUGGUGUGUGUCAAUUGCGUGAAGUUGCUUUGGCUGUAGGUACGCGUGUUUGUGAAGUUGCCUUUGAAGAAGGUGUGGCUACUGCUGUCUUGAAGGAAGGCGAAACAUUGAAUGAAGUUGUUGAAAACUCCAUGUUUAUUCCUGAUUACGUUCCUUUAGUCCAUUCCCCUCAUGUUCAUUAA